AUGUUAAGAUCGUUAACGACCCUCUUGCUACUAUCUCACGUACAAUGCUUUCUACCGCCAGCUAUUCUGGAGACCGUGUACCAUUUCUUCACCGGUUUUCCCGUGACCUCGGACGAUUUAGUACGGGACGAGACGUCCUUAUCCAACGAGUACGAUUUUAUCGUGAUCGGGGCCGGUUCCGCCGGAUCUGUGCUGACGAACCGUCUUACCGAGAAUCCAAACUGGAGCGUGUUGUUGCUCGAGGAGGGCAAGGACGAGAUGUUUCUCACGGACAUCCCGCUGAUGGCGCCCGUACUGCAUGUCACGGACUACGUUCGGUUGCACAGAAGCGAGCCGGGGCCCCGAAAACGGGACGGGACCGGGGGUUUCUGUUUGUCGAUGAACGAGGGUCGUUGCAACCUGCCAGGUGGUAGAGCGGUCGGUGGUAGUUCGGUGGUGAAUUUCAUGAUAUAUUCCAGAGGCUCGCCGGCCGAUUACGACGAUUGGGCCGCGCAGGGCAAUACCGGCUGGAGUUAUCGGGACGUGUUGCCGUAUUUCGUUAAAUCGGAGAAUUGCAAACUGCUGGAUCCGGAUCUUAGAUUCCAUGGUCACGGAGGAUACCUCGAUGUCACGACUUCGCCGUACGUCUCCCCUCUGCGGGAACGUUUUCUCCAAGCGGGCAGAGAACUGGGUUAUGAUGUAAUCGAUUAUAACACCGACCGACAUAUUGGAUUCUCGCCGGCCCAGGUUCAUCUACGAAAUGGCCAUAGGGUCAGCGCGAACAAGGCUUUUCUAAGGCCCAUUCGCGAUCGAGGAAACUUUCAUCUAUCGAAAUUCUCCAGAGCGACCAGGAUCGUCAUCGAUCCGAGGACCAGAACCGCGAUCGGCGUCGAAUUCGUUAAGAACGGGAAGAAAUUGUUCGCCUCUGCUCGAAAGGAAAUCAUACUAUCAGCAGGCACCUUGAACUCACCGCAACUUCUCAUGCUGUCGGGGAUAGGACCUAAAGAUCAUCUCGCGUCCUUGAGCAUCGACGCGAUCGUGGAUCUCCCGGUCGGUUACAAUCUUCAAGAUCACGUCAGCAUGUCGGCGCUCACUUUUCUGGUGAACGAGAGCGUGACCAUCGUCGAGCCCCGUCUCGCGUCGAAUCUGGCGAACACUUUCGAUUACUUCGUCAAGGGAACCGGUCCUCUGACCGUGCCUGGUGGGGCCGAGGGUUUGGCCUUUCUCGACACCAAACAAGAUCGUCGAAAGGGAUCGUCUCGAGUGAACAAAAAAGGAAAUCGCAAGGUUCGUCCCUCGCCGAAUAUAUCCUCCAUUAACGUCGACACCGGAUACUUCGACUCGUUUCUCAACUCGCUCUCGGAUAAACGGAAGGAAACGGACGUUCCCGAUAUAGAAUUGGUAUUGGGUAUAAGCGCGUUAACCGGGGACACAUCGGGUAGUUACAGAGGGCUGCUCGGUUUGUCGGACCAGUUUUACAAAAAGGUUUUCUCCGGCUACGAAGGUCUCGACGCGUUCUCCAUCGUUCCGGUGCUCCUGCAUCCAAAGAGUCGCGGACGGGUUAGCUUGAGAACCUCGAACCCGUUCGACCCUCCUGUGUUCGACAUAAAUUACUACGAUCACGAAGACGACCUGAGAACCAUGGUUCGAGGCAUUAAGAAGGCUAUACAAGUUGCAACGAGCAGGGCCUUCCAGCGUUUCAACGCGACCUUGCUGCCCGUUGGUUUCCCAGGUUGCGAACGUGUCCCAUUCGAUACCGAUCCGUAUUGGGCCUGUGUUGCACGGCACGUGAGCACGACCCUGGGUCACUUCGCUGGCACGUGCAAGAUGGCCACGAGAAAGAACGGAGGUGUGGUGGACCACAGGUUACGGGUCCAUGGGAUCGAUGCUCUCCGGAUCGUGGACGCUAGUAUAAUACCGAGCUUAAUGUCCGGUCACACGAACGCGCCCGCUUAUAUGAUCGCCGAGAAAGCCGCGGAUAUGAUUAAACAGGACUGGAAAGUGUUCGUUUCGCAUGAACGGUGUCGUUGAAAGGAUGUAAAGAAUAAGAACUCGAGAAACGUCACGUCGGCGGAUGUGUAUUUAAACAUAAAUUAGUUUAAGACUAAAGUAACGGAACGAUAAGAGACAG